CCCCUUUCACCUUCUUUCCUAGCUAGCUUCACAAAUUCAAAUUAAACAAUGGGAAGAAACAAACUGAAAAUCGUAUCUUUGCUGGCGAUUCUCGUCUUCUCCCUUUUCUAUCAUGCGCCCGCAACCGGGGGAGGGACGGCGGAGGAGAGCGUAAGCCCAGUCGCAGGCGGCGGGGAGGGGAUGGCGGCUGUACGGAAAAGGUGUCACCCCAUUGUAGAGGCGGCCAUGAGACUGUUCUCUCUUCCAACCACAUUUCCGUACACCCCUGCUUCUUACUGGGCCAAACUGGAUUCCUUAGUCCGCAACGGCCUUGGCUUCUUCUCCACGGCCCCCAAUCUCGACUUCCGGGCAAGUGGGAAAGCAGGAAUAGGAGAGGAGGAAGGAAACGGGAAGAAACUGGUGGAAGAAGUCAUUAUGAAGAGCAAAGAAACAGUAGAAGAUUCUGCAAAAUCUGCCGCCAGGUUGGCUGCGGAGGCCGUGGGGAGUUUGAAGAAGACAAUGUCGUCCAAAAAAACUGAAGAAAAGGGCGAGGAGCUCUGAAUCUGUGAGAUGGGUACAAAAAUAAUAUUAAGAUGGCCAUGUGUUAUAUUGUAAUUAAUGUAGCAGGAACAUGAAGAAACGAGACUCCUAAAUUUGGUGAAAAGUUGAAUUGGAUGGAUAGUACUAAAAUGGUGAUUUGUUGUGUAAAAGGGUCAAAACCAAAAGGCCCCAACCAAAACCAAACAAAACCUUCUACAUCACUAGGAAACAAGGUUUGGAUGGAAUGAGAAUGAAGACAUAACAAGGUUUGGAUGGAAUGAAAAUGAAGAUCGCGCCUUUAAGAAAAGCUCGGAGGUUUAAGGAAAGAUAACAAAAUUGGAGGGUCAGACCAUUUGGAGUGGUGUGGUAUUAAGAAUCCAAAAAGCUAAAUGCAACAAUUUUUGGUUGGACUACUCCUAAUUGUAUAACUUUUCAAAAAUUAUAUCAAAAUUCAUAAAUUUUUUAUAUGUAAUAUAUAAAAUGAUUUUUUUUGAAGUUUUAACUGUUGAAGUUUUUCAUCGAAAUAUGUAUUUUUUUAUUACAUAAUUAUUCAACAAAAAAAUUAAAAGGAAAACAUUACUUAUAAUAAUUUAAUUAAUGUUUUUCUAAGUUGAUAGGUUAAAAUAUAUGCUGAGUGUAUUUUAUUGACAGUGCUGGAAUGCAGGAAAGUGUGAGUCUAAACAUUGUUUUCAUAUGGACGGAGUCCAUUUUAACAAUUUGACCUCUCAACCACUCCAAAUGGUCUUAGAGAAAACAUUACAGAUUUCCUCAAUUACAUUUUUUAUCUUAGAAUUUGAAAAUGAGACGAAUUUGGGUUUGUGUUUGAGUGAAGAUUGUUGUGGACUUGUGGGGCUAGAUCUCCGGUGACUGGUGCCAUGGUAGGGAGAUAUAGGGUUAAUCUUGAUGCUAUAUCUCUUCUAGAUCGUUCUCCAUUUGAUUCAAAGGAAUAUCAUUGCAGUAGUGAGAGAGUCGUUUGUAGUGAUGGCGAGAAGAUUGUGGCGCAAAUAUAAUGUGGCUCAUUUUAGGAAUUAGGUGAUGAUAAUAUGAUAUCCAGUUCCUAAGACCCUUUGC